AUGUCUUCCCAAAGCCCCAUUCAGCCACUCGCCUCUCGAGACGUGAAUGCUCCACUCAACUCGCCAUCGAAAGCAAAGUCAGAUGGCUUGCAGAAAGAAGUCGGUGACAAGCCACAGAGUCUGGACUAUCAUCGCCAGGUUUUGCAAAACAGACUCGCGGAGGACAAAUAUCUUCAACUCGCCAUACCUCUUCUACUUAUUGCUUCAUCAUUCUCUUACAUAAUCUUUAGACUUGGUCAACGAACAUCAAAUGCGCUAUGGCAAACCGACGGAUCAGUGAGCCAAGAGAGGCAUACGAAGAAGAGCGUCCAAGCUUAUACAGACGAUGCGAGUGGAGAAGCUGGGACUUGCCGAGUGACGCAAGACUUUGACAGCGAUGAGGUUUUCUUUGGAUUGUCGGAAUCGGGGCAAAAACACAGUCGGAUCCAAGUUAGCCGGCCACGAGGUCAAUCUUUGCUUAUUGCAAUCGAAUUCCUCACAGUUGCUGUUCUCAUAGCCGCGAGUUCGUCAGAGUCGCUGCGAGUUGCACAUACCCCAUGGACAGGCCCUUCAAGCUUGAUCAAAGUCAUCUUCUGGUGCUAUGCUCUGAGCUUGAUUUGCGUAAGACUAUAUACAGUCAAACACAGCUUGAAAGUCUUGCCAAACAUUUGGUAUCAAACAGCUUGGUUGUAUGGGUCACAGUGGAUCCUGUGUGGCCUUGCUUUUCGAUCCGAAGUAAUACAUCCGAGGUCCUCCGAAGCGCAAGCAUUAGUGUCUUCCGAAUUUGGGCUGGUAACAAUCUUAGCCUUGAUCGUUUUGACAGCUCGCAAGGGCAAUAAAGUCGUGUUGCUUGAAUAUGAAGCCGCUCUCCAACCAUCACAGGAGCCGCUGGCUAAUCUCUUCUCUACUUGGACAUAUAGCUGGGUCAAUCCAAUCGUAUGGACAGGUUGGCAAAGAACGCUGGAAUUGAGCGAUGUUUGGAACCUCGAGGCUCGAGAUAGGGCAGCAACAGUCCUUGCAGAUUUCCGACAACUAAGGAGGACGAACGCAUUGGCGUGGCACCUUGUCAAGUACUUCAAGCGCGAGCUUAUCAAACAAGCAUUCUGGGCUUUCCUAGCUGGCUUCCUCACAUUCGCGCCUACACUUCUGAUGAAGGCCUUCCUUGAAUUUGUGGAAGAUCCAGCUGCAACACCCGUAAAUGCAGCUUGGUUUUACAUGGUCCUCUUAGCCUUGUCUAACUGCACCAAAUCUGUUGCCGAUGGACAAGCACUAUGGGUCGGUCGUAAAAUAUGUAUUCGACUUCGGGCAGUCAUCGUUGGCGAGGUUUAUGCCAAAUCGCUCCGGCGAAAAGCUGCUACUGGCCGAGACACGGUCUUGGGCGGCAAAAGGCAUAAAUCGGACGGGGACUGGAAGCCAAGAGAAAUGGCCUCGAAUGUGAGGAAAAACGAUAAUAAUAAAAACUCACAAGAAGCGCCGGACGACUCUCAGUGCAUACCUUCAUUUUCUUUGGGGAGUACGCCUGUCCAAUUGGUUGUGUGCAUAGGCUUGCUCUACCGUAUCCUUGGCCUGAGCUCCCUUGCCGGAAUCGUUAUGAUGAUUAUGGUCCUCCCCAUCAAUCUUCUCAUUGCACGACAAUUUACCAGAGUACAGAAAAAGGUCAUGGCCGCAACAGAUGUACGCAUUCAGAGUACCAAUGAAAUAUUGCAGAACAUCCGCAUUAUCAAAUAUUUUGCUUGGGAGCAACGAUUCGGGCACAUUGUUGAUGAGAAACGGCAUGUAGAGUUGCAAGCUCUCAGGAACAAAUACAUCCUAUGGACAGCCGCUGCUGGAGUAUGGUUUGGUGUCCCGAUUCUCAUUACCUUCUUUUCCUUCAUGCUCUACACAGUUGUGGAGAAGAAGCCCUUGAUACCAUCCAUAGCAUUUACCUCCCUUUCCCUCUUCGGGAUACUACGAUAUCCGCUCGAUCAGUUAGCAGAUAUGGUUGCUCACGUGCAAGAAUCCAAGGUUUCCGUUGACAGGGUUGACGAAUUUCUCAAUGAGGACGAAACUGAGAAGUAUGACCAACUAUGUCCGCCUGAGAGAGAUCGUAAUGAACAUGAUCCAAGAAUUGGAUUCGACAACGCUACCCUGAGUUGGGGUUCUAAGGACAAUGGCGGCUCUGAUGGACACACUGCCUUCCGCAUGAUCGACAUAGAGGUUCACUUUCGUGUUGGUCAGCUCAACAUCAUUGCAGGACCCACCGGAAGUGGCAAAACAUCAAUGCUCAUGGCAUUGCUUGGGGAAAUGACUUUGUUCAGAGGCUCGGUCCACCUACCUUGCGGACUUAGCCGUGAGGAGCUCACACCACACCCUGAAACUGGUUUGACUGACAGCAUCGCUUAUUGCGCCCAACAGGCAUGGCUUGUGAAUGACAGUAUCAAGGAGAAUAUCCUCUUCGCUUCACCUUUUGAGGAAGCUCGUUACAAAUCUGUAAUUGUCGCAUGCGCGCUGGAGAGAGACCUGGAGAUUCUUGACAAUGGAGAUUCCACCCUUGUUGGCGAAAGGGGUAUCACUCUAUCAGGCGGCCAGAAACAGCGCAUUUCUCUCGCUAGAGCCCUGUACUCAACAUCCCGCCAUGUACUUCUCGAUGACUGCCUCUCUGCCGUCGACAGCCAUACUGCCAAGCACAUCUUUGACUUCUGCAUCAUGGGCCCUCUCAUGUUCGGUAGGACAUGUAUUCUCGUGACACAUAAUGUCGUUCUGUGCGUUCCACGCUCGCAUUUUGUGGUGGUGCUAGCCAAUGGAAAAGUUGCGGUUCAAGGCUCGCCCAAUGAGGUGAUCGGAUCUGGAGCUCUAGGGGAAGAGAUACAAAAGUCGAGACCUGCCUCUAAAUUCGGAUCAACACUUCACUCUCGCAUGCACUCUACUGUAAGUCUUGAAACACAAGCAAAAGAUAUGGCGAAUGAUGACUUCUCAAACAUCAAUGGCCAUCACACUGGAAACGUUAAGGAGCCGCGGAAUCAGGCAGAAAGUCCUCGUGGGGCUUCGCCAACAGAAAAAAAAGCCGCCGGUAGUGUCAAUAUUCAAGUCAUUAAGAUGUAUCUUGUUGCUAUGGGGCCCUGGAUCUACUGGGUGAUCGCAUUCGCAGCGUUUGCUCUACAGCAAUUAGGCGCUGUAGGGGCGAAUGUCUGGAUUCGAUCCUGGGCGAACGCCUACGUUGUGAAAAAACCUGAGACUACUUCUAACGAUACAACACAAAUUCAGCUCGGUGUUACAAAGCACUAUACACAUGCAUUUCAUCUAUCGUCGUCCUCCUUCCCCGUAAAUGGUCCUUUCUGGAAUUUCCGGCAGUCUAACCAAGCACUGCUUUCAAGUGGCACAUCGAGUGCUUCCGAUCACAGAGUUAAUGCAUGGCAUUACCUGGCUGUUUAUGCAGCCCUUGGCUUGCUAUUCAUACUCAUCUCUCUAGCUCGGGAAUGGCUCAUUUUCUGGGGAUCAUUAAGAGCUUCUAGAAGGAUUCAUCAUAGGCUGUUCGGGGCAGUGACAAGAGCCAGACUGCAAUUUUUCGAUACAACACCCCUAGGACAACUGAUGAAUAGAUUCUCUAAAGAUGUUGAAGCUGUCGAUCAAGACGUAUCGCCUAUAUCUGUGGGCUUUCUUGGCUGCAUUUUCUCGAUCGUCAGUAUCAUUAUCUUAAUUUGCGUCAUCACUCCAAGCUUCUUGGUUGCUGGCUUCUUCAUCACAUUGAUCUACUGCGCUAUCGGUGCUUUCUACAUUCGAUCUUCUCGUGACCUGAAACGUCUAGAGUCUAUUCAAAGAAGCCCAAUCUACCAGCAUUUUGGAGAGACACUUAGUGGUGUUGUUACCAUUCGAGCGUACGGAGAUGAGAGAAGAUUCGUCAGGGAGAACCAAACUCGCGUGGAUACACACAAUCGGCCAUUCAUUUAUUUGUGGGCCACUAACAGAUGGCUAGCACUCCGAGUGGAUUUUGUUGGGGCCUUGGUCGCCUUCUUCGCAGGGGUCUUUGUGAUCUUGGCCAUCAAAACCAUCGACGCGGGCUCCGCUGGUCUUUCUCUCACAUAUGCCGUUAUGUUUACUGAAAAUGUCCUCUGGCUUGUGCGUCUGUAUUCUGCGAAUGAGCAGAAUAUGAAUUCUGUAGAGAGAAUCAAAGAGUACAUGGAGAUUGACCAAGAAGCCGAUGCAAUCAUUGAACAUUCUAGACCGCCGAGCAACUGGCCAAGUCAAGGAGCAAUAUCUUUUCAGAAAUAUACAACGAGCUACCGACAGGACUUAGGCCCGGUGCUGCAAGACCUAACUUUCAGUGUCCUACCCAAUGAACGAGUCGGCAUUGUUGGUAGGACAGGCGCUGGUAAAAGUUCCCUGGCCCUAGCACUAUUUCGAGGCCUUGAAGCGGAUGACGGACAGAUCCUCAUUGAUGACAUUGACAUUGGUGGAAUUGGCCUCCAAGAUUUGCGUGAAGCCAUCACCAUUGUCCCGCAAGACCCGACGCUGUUUACGGGUACGCUGAGAAGUAAUCUUGACCCUUUUGGUCUCUUUACUGACGAGGAGAUCUUUGCAACCUUACGUCGCGUGCAGCUGAUCAGCGAGCCCAAGUCGGACGACAGCUCUUCCUCUUCACUUUCCGUCCCCCCUGUAACAAUUACUCCCCCAGACGUAUCUGAUUCGUCGUCCACUACGUUAGGAAAUGACCUUGAUCUGGCAAAGAGUUUCACAAAUACUCGGGAGAACUCCAACGCAUUCAAAAAUCUGUCUUCAUCUAUCGCAGAAUCUGGCUCAAAUCUUUCUCAAGGCCAGCGUCAGCUCCUCUGUCUUGCCCGGGCCUUAUUGAAGGCUCCUCGUGUCUUGAUUAUGGACGAAGCCACCGCCUCAAUCGACUACGCGACGGACGGCAAAAUCCAAGACACGCUGAGAGAAGUGAAAGAAAGCACCAUCGUAACCAUUGCUCAUCGACUGCAGACCAUCAUUGACUAUGAUAAGGUUCUGGUUUUAGAUAAAGGCAGGGUCAUUGAAUAUGAUUCCCCUUGGGACCUAAUCUCACGGGAAGGUAGCAUCUUCCGCGGGAUGUGUGAAAUGAGCGGUGAUCUCGAAGUCCUGGAGGAGGCAGCCCGUGAAGCAGCAAACAAAAAGAAGCUCGUGGAUAUCUAA